AUGAAUGCAUUGAUCAAUACAAAUAUGGAAUUUAAAUCAAAUGUUUUACGAAAGAAACCUUCAUUUCGAUUAGAUGGUUCUUAUCGAAUAUUUCAUAUAACAAAAAGACAAAAAGAAGAAAGUGAUGAUGAUGAUGAUCAUCAUAAUACUCAUACAAUUUCCAAAGAACGUGAUAUUAAAACUAGACAUCAUAAAAAAUCUUUUAAAUUAUCUGAUCGCCAUGGAUUCGAGGGUUGGAAACGAAGAAGUACGAAAAAUAAACGUCUCUUAUUUCUACAUAAAACAUCAUGUGAAUCAACAUCCAAUGAAGCUAAAACUCCUCCAUCACCGCGAAGAUUAACCAACGAUUUAUCUCAAUCAAUCAUUUCAAAUAAUGCAGCAUCAAAUCAAUUAUUAAAACAAGAAAAAAAUACGGGAGAAUCAUUAUUUGAAUCCGAUGUUUUAGUUGAAGAUAUUCAUGAAACAAUAGAUCAUGAUAAUGUAACAUUAAAUAAUUUACUUGCUCGAGCUGAUCAACUUGAAACAUCAGUUAAAAAACAAGAUUUUAAUAAAAUUCAUCGAAUAUCACGAACAAGUAUUCAACGAAAACGAAAACGUUUUAUAAUUAUUUGUAGUACUAUUCUGAUAAUAUUAACAAUUGUUGUCACAAUUAUAUUAUUUACUUUGAUAAUAGUGCUAAGAUAUAAAACAUAUAAGAAUCAAGUAUCAAAAUCAUCAUCAACUAAUAGUUCACUUAGAUAA